AUGCACAAGAUAGUGCUGAAAUACUCUUGGGGAAGUUUUCAUCAGAAUUUUCAGGGAAUUUCCCACGUCAUCUCGUCGUCCCAAGUCAUCUUAUACGCAACGAGGAGUUCUUGCUCAUUCAGAAUUUCCGGCAAAGAAGGGAAUUGCGUGAGCGCUAAAGCACCGAGAUUUCCCACAUCAUUCAUCAGGGAACCAAUUCGUACGCACCGAGGAGUUCUUGUGCCUUUCUUUGUGGAAGUUUUCGCCCCGUCCGGGAGCCAAUUCGUACGCGCAGAGGAGUUCUUGUGCCUUUGUGGAAGUUUUCGUCCCAUCCGGGAGCCAAUUUGUACGCACCGAGGAGUUCUUGUGCCUUUGUGGAAGUUUUCGUCCCAUCCGGGAGCCAAUUUGUACGCACCGAGGAGUUCUUGUGCCUUUGUGGAAGUUUUCGUCCCAUCCGGGAGCCAAUUCGUACGCGCAGAGGAGUUCUUGUGCCUUUGUGGAAGUUUUCGUCCCAUCCGGGAGUCAACUCGUACGCACCGAGGAGUUCUUGCUCAUUCAGAGUUUCCGGCAAACAAGGGAAUUGCGUGAGCGCUAAAGCACCGAGAUUUCCCACAUCAUUCAUCAGGGAACCAAUUCGUACGCACCGAGGAGUUCUUGUGCCUUUCUUUGUGGAAGUUUUCGCCCCGUCCGGGAGCCAAUUUGUACGCACCGAGGAGUUGUGCCUUCUUUGUGGAAGUUUUCGCCCCGUCCGGGAGCCAAUUCGUACGCGCAGAGGAGUUCUUGUGCCUUUGUGGAAGUUUUCGUCCCAUCCGGGAGCCAAUUUGUACGCACCGAGGAGUUCUUGUGCCUUUGUGGAAGUUUUCGUCCCAUCCGGGAGCCAAUUUGUACGCACCGAGGAGUUCUUGUGCCUUCUUUGUGGAAGUUUUCGCCCCGUCCGGGAGCCAAUUUGUACGCACCGAGGAGUUGUGCCUUCUUUGUGGAAGUUUUCGUCCCAUCCGGGAGCCAAUUUGUACGCGCAGAGGAGUUCUUGUGUCUUGUUUGUGGAAGUUUUCACUCCAUCAGGGAGUCAACUUGUGAGCCCCCUGAGUUUAAUACUUUUUUUUUAUUUAUAAUUUUAAUAAAAAAACAAAAACAAAAAAAACCGUUUAAAUUGUUUUAUUUUAGUUAAAAAUACUAAAAAAAAUUAGUUUAAAUUACUAAAAAAUUUUAGUUAAAAUUACUAAAAAAAAUCCCUAAAAUUUUUGUCGUUACCGUAAAAAUUACUAAGAUUUUUGUUAAAAUAUACGGAGACAUCAUAGAGAAAUUAACUAAGAUUUCGUUAAAAAAACUAAAAUAUUUCGGUUUUCUCGUAUUUCUCUGUUAAAUUCAUUUAACUAAAAUUUUAGUUAAAGAAUUUUAACUAAGAUGCGUGCAGAAAUACCGUAGAAUGCCCAUUCCGUAAAAUUUAC